AUGUUUCUGAUCUCUGAUUUCAGGUCGAGUCACGAAGUACCUAAAAUCAAAGUGGGCCCUGAUCUUCGCAGCACCAGGAAGCCCAAACAUCACCCUACCAAGUCGAAACCUCCGGACCUGCCCAUCCCCGCUGUGUCACCGUCCAGACUCCCACCCGGGAACACAGAGAUACAGCUGCACCAGCUGCUUCUCCAGUCCGCAUUGAACGCUCUAGCUCCGACUCGCACGAUCACCAGCAGUCAGCCCCAAAAAACGGAUAUAACGAACAAUAACGAAGAUAUUCGUAAACGGCUCCACAAAUGCGAUGUAGCUGGGUGUCAUAAAGUCUACACGAAGAGUUCGCAUCUCAAAGCACAUAAACGGACACAUACAGGAGAAAAGCCUUACUCCUGCGGCUGGGCUGGCUGCACAUGGCGGUUCGCGAGAUCGGACGAGCUCACUCGCCACACGAGGAAGCAUACGGGCCACAGACCCUUUGCAUGUCCCCUAUGCCGACGCUCUUUCGCCAGAAGCGAUCACCUUGGAUUACACAUGAGACGCCAUUAGACAAAAAAUGUUCUAUGACCGAGUUUGUCCCAAAUAGUCCCAAUAUGCUAGAUAUCUCAAUUAACGUGCUCAAAACAACUUAGUUGCAAUGUGUGGAUUACGUGACAUGCCAUUAGAGCCCCUUCAAAUUAGACGGUUAUAGAAGCGCAGUUGCAGCGCAACUGUCGUAACACGCGCGCGACACUGUAACACUGUAGUUAUAAUUAGUGAACUAAAAAUGAUUAAAACGCUACAGACGCGCGAUUGCUGCGCCAGCGUCGCGCCUCUGUAGCGCUUCUACAAGCAUCUAAUUUGAAGGCACCCUUAUACAAAAAAGUCCUAUGACCGAGUUAGUCCCAAAUUCCCAAAUAAUUCCAAUUAAAUGGAUAUCCCAAUUAAAGUGCUAAAAGACAACCUUUGUUACAACCAAUUGUUUGUUAAACAAAUAGAGGUUUAUUUAUCACACACAUAUUUGUAGUGUGUACGCAUAGAACAUUUAUGAAAUGUAGAUAAAAAGGUAGUCUCAGCCUACAGCUGUUUUUCAGCAAUCUGGCUUUGUU